CCAAGAUCAAGGUGCCAGCAAGGUUGGUUUCUGGUGAGACCUUUAUUACUGGCUUGCAGACAGCUACCCUCUUGGUGUGUCCUCAACGUGAGAGAUCUCUCUGGUGCUUCCUCCUCUUCUAAUGAAGACACCAGUCCUUUCAGAUUAGGGCCCCACUCUAUGACCUCAUUUAACUUUACCUCCUUAGAAGCUCUAUCUGCAAAUACAGUCACAUUGGGGGCCAGGGCUGCAACAUACGGAUUUUGGUGGGACACAGUUCAGUCUAUAACAUAGAGAUAAGGGAGUAUCAGAAAACUGUGAAGUGUUUUGGCCCUUUGGGCUUUAUUCUAUCUGGGAACGUUUUUCUGGCAGUACAAUAACAUUAUUUUUUUUUCCUGAGAGAGUAAUUAAUCAUAUUUUACAAUUCAUGGUAUUUAAAUGUUAAGUGUAUAAAUUUGGGUAGGUUAACAUGCCUACAGCUAAUCAAUCUUGAUUUUCCAAGCCAGAGAAGGCUAAAGCUUCUCAGUUAAAAAGCUGCCUUUGUGUGUUCGUGUGCCUGUGUGAGUGUGUGAGUGUGUGUGUGUAAGUGUGAGAGAGAGGGAGGUGGGAAGGUGAUGGUGUGCACAGAUUGCUUUGCUCUUGAUGUGAUACCUUUUUCUCUAACAAGAAUUAUUAAUAUUAACUGUAACCCACCAUGACAAUUGGUCUUGUGGAGCAAUGAACUGUGAAUUCACUGAUUGGAGGGCUUUCAGUUUAAAUGAAGUUUGAGUUUCUUUUUUUAGAAAAAUUGCUUCUGGGCAGUUCUGGAAAGUUUGGAAACCUAUUUUGUUUGUUGUCCUGUAGUUAUUUUGAUAGGGCUGUGGAAGAAUGGAGACAGUUCCACUGUGACCUGAAUGACCUCACACAGUGGAUAACAGAAGCUGAAGAGUUGCUGGUCCAUACGUGUGCUCCAGGUGGCAGUCUGGACUUAGAGAAAGCCAGGAGACAUCAGCAGGAACUCGAAGAGGGCAUCAGUAGCCACCAGCCCAGUUUUGCAGCACUAAAUCGAACUGGGGAUAGGAUUGUCCAGAAACUCUCCCUGACAGAUGGAAGCUUCUUGAAAGACAAGCUGGCAGGAUUAAACCAACGCUGGAGUGUUAUCAUUGCAGAAGUGAUGGAUAGGCAACCCAGGCUAAAAGGAGAAAGUAAGCAGGUGACAGAAUUUAGAAAUAGGCUAGAUGAGAUUAUUAGUUGGUUAACAAAGGCCGAGAAUGCUUUGCUAAAGAGAUCCACUGCUGAGCUGGAAGAAAACCUGCAAGAAUUAACAGCCUUAACCCAGGAGAUGGAAGUGCAAGCUGAAAAACUCAAAUGGUUGAAUAGAACUGAAUUGGAAAUGCUUUCAGAUAAAAGCCUGAGUUUACAUGAAAGAGAUAAAAUUUCAGAAAGCUUAAGAACUGUAAAUACUACAUGGAAUAAGAUAUGCAGAGAAGUGCCUAGCACACCGAAGGAACGUCUCCAGGAGCCCUGUUCUGUUUCACAGACAAGGAUUGCUGCUCAUCCUGCUGUCCAAAAGGUGGUGCUAGUAUCAUCUGCAUCAGAUAUUCCUGCUCUGUCUUCUCGUACUUCAGAAAUUUCAGUUCCUGCUGAUCUUGAUAAAACUAUAACAGAACUAGCCGACUGGCUGGUAUUGAUCGACCAAAUGCUGAAGUCCAACAUUGUCACUGUCGGGGAUGUAGAAGAGAUCAAUAAGACCGUUUCCCGAAUGAAAAUUACAAAGGCUGACUUAGAACAGCGCCAUCCUCAGCUGGAUUAUGUUUUUACAUUGGCGCAGAAUUUGAAAAAUAAAGCUUCCAGUUCAGAUGUGAGAACAGCAAUCACAGAAAAAUUGGAGAAGGUCAAGAACCAAUGGGAUAGCACCCAGCACGGGGUGGAGUUAAGGCAGCAGCAGCUAGAGGACAUGAUCAUCGACAGUCUUCAGUGGGAUGACCACAGGGAAGAGACCGAAGAGCUUAUGAGAAAAUAUGAGGCUCGACUCUAUAUUCUUCAGCAAGCCCGAAGGGAUCCACUUACCAAACAAAUUUCUGAUAACCAAAUAUUGCUUCAAGAACUGGGUCCUGGUGAUGGUAUUGUCAUGGCGUUUGAUAACGUCCUGCAGAAACUGCUGGAGGACUAUGGCAGUGAUGACACAAGGAAUGUGAAGGAAACCACUGAGUACUUAAAAACGUCAUGGAUCAAUCUAAAACAAAGUAUUGCUGACAGACAGAAUGCCUUGGAGGCUGAGCUGAGGGCAGUGCAGGCCUCUCGCAGAGACCUGGAGAACUUCCUAAAGUGGAUCCAGGAAGCAGAAACCACAGUGAAUGUGCUUGCCGAUGCCUCUCAGCGGGAGAAUGCUCUCCAGGACAAUAUCUUGGCCAGGGAACUCAAACAGCAGAUGCAGGUAAAUGCAUGGGAAACUACAGCCAGUAUUUGUGUUUGUACUGUGCUCUUUUGAUCCAUCUUUAUGCAAAUUUAUUAGUGUUAAAAGGUGAGGUUGUCACCUUGUUCUGUUUUGAAAUCCCUGCUCUCCUCUGAAUAAUUGGUUUCUGGAAAUAAGAUCUGUAAAAUAUUUUUACUUAAUAUGAGAGAGAAAAAAACCAUCUUGUUUUAUGGAAGUAAUAAUUGUUUGCGUAGAGUUAGAGGCUCAUAGCUAUUCUGUUUUCCGUCAUUUUAAGCCCUAUUACAGUUAGCUUUAUUGAAUCCUAAAUUAUAAGGGCAUUUUCCCUUAAUGUGAAGUUGUUUCUUUCCCCAUUUAUUAUACAUACUUAAUAUAAAAGCUACAAAAACUCUAUGGCUUAGUUUACAACUAAGAAUAUUAGGCUCAAAGGUAUUACUUUUAUGUCUUUAGCUUGAUAACUAUGAUUAUAUAUACAGUCUGAGGUUCAAAGUAUGCUAAUAUAGAAUCUUUCCUUUAAAAAAAUUACAAAAAAAUCUCAUGAAGCAUGUCUGAAUCUUUUUUCUGCCCCCAGGUAGUUCUGCUUCAGUGCCCUUGAAUACCCUUGAACCUCCUAUUUUGUCUGCCUAGAUUGAUCUAUUCUUGCCGAUCCUGUAGGUCUUCUCACUUAGAACUUGGUUCAAAACCUAUUUCAAUGGGGAAUUCUCCUUGUCUACCAGAGUUUUACAUGUCAUUACUUCUUUAUGCCAUUUCAUUUCCACAUCAGUUUGACUGUUAUUUUUCUGAUAUGCUUGUGAACACACGUCCCAUUAUCACUGGAUGCCUCUUUCCACCUGUCCCAGUUGAUCCCAUGGUUCUUCAAGGACAGAGAUUGUAUUAUUCCAUAUUGUUGCCUGUGCAGUGCCCUGAGUGCAAAUCCUAAGUAAAUACUAACUGCCACUCUUGGACCCUGGCUUUCACUAUUAUGAAAUGCACUAUUGAUGAUCUUUUGUGAAUUUGUUCUUAGGAACUCUUUUCCCUUGAAACAUCGAUAUCAAGACUACUUUAUAAAAUGUCAACAAAUGUGUAGAUCUGGAUAAAGGGUCUUGGGGCUUUCUUUCGACUACUCUUAUUCUUACAGCUUUUCUCUAAGUUUGAAAUGAUUUUCAUUAAAAAGUUACAAAAUUUUUAAAGGAGACCUUUUUGGAAUAGGCUUAUUUAUAACUCGUUCACAUGCAUAGAGACUCUUAUGGUGUUUUACUGUUAUGUUCUUUAGAUUAACUUAAUGAAAAUCUGCAUUUAUUUACAUUACUUCUUAUUUCUUUGUUCAUUUUCCAGUACUUUUGUGACUUGGUGUAGUGAGUGUGACCAGGCAAGUAUCAGAGUUAAAUCUGAUCCUUUGUUUCAUGCUCUGGAGUCUCUUGAGGUCACCAUAAAUGUUAAUUGAUGAAAUAUUUAGCUAUAUUUGGAUUUUAGGGGAUUACAAAGGGCUCUAAAUGUAGAUAGAUACUAGAACAUAUUAUUUUUUUAUGAUGUAAACAAUAAUAAGCCUGACGUAUAAGUGUUCACCCAUACUUAAUUUAUGUAAUGGUGUUAAUUUCAACAGCUAUUUAGGCUAUGCACUUGAGUAGGUGACAGUUCAUAGACAAGUAAAAAAAGAGCCUUAAAAUGAACCUUGAUAAUGAGCACUAGCAAAACACAGGCCUGUUGUAGACUUUAAUGAUGUCUUCUGACACAUUUAAUCUUAGGAUACAUUCUUCCCAUAGCCAAAACUCUUCUCAAUAUUUAAUGAAUAUUCAAACUGUGGAAGACAUAAAUGUAAAUAGAAAUGUUUAAAAUCUUUCUAAAUAAAAAUAGCUCAGCACAGGAUUACUUGUCGUAUGGCAAACAGCAUUGAGAAGGAAAGGUUGCUGACAAAAAUACUAAAAUACGUUAUAGCAUGUAUAGUAAUGCUUCUCAAAAAGAAUCUAAUGUUGCUGAAAUAGAAUCUUUUGGCUCAUAGAAAAUAAUAAAGAGGGCAUUUAUUAAGAGCUUAUUGAAAUCUCUUUGUUUAUCUAGAGAUAAAUAUGUACAUUUGUUUAUGUUUAGGAUGUUUCAUAUAAUGGUAACUUACAUGAUUUUUUACUCUCUUCCUCCUUUAUUAAAUGUGCUUAAUUUUAAAGCAUUCUCUCUAUUUUAUUUAGAAAAUAUUCUAUGGCUUUAUUUUUAAUACCUUAUAGGUGGAUGACUGUUAGAGACUUGAUACCUUUCGCUGAGUAUUUCUGAGGCAAGAGAAUUUUAAUUUUCCUGUGGGCUUGUGUAUUGAUUCUCCUUUUGUAUGAAUGAACAGACAUUUAAAAUGGAAACGUGUUUGGAAAUGGAAAGGUGUUUGUUGAAGGAAAUGACUGUACAAAAGCACGUCAAAUCAUAAAAUAAAUUUUCUGGUGGCGUGGUGGUGGUGGCGGCGGUUACGUGUGUGCUAUAGAAGGUGGAACAAGGACCUCAGUGUAUCCGUGCUCCAUGCAGAAGGGGUGUAUAUAGAAAUGCCUAGAUGACACAUUCACUAUUUAUACUCGUUUCAUGUCUUGUGACAGUCACAUGCAGGGGCAUGGGACUAUUUCAUGAAAGAUGAAGAAGUUUAUUCUAUAUUCAGUUUAAGGUGAAUCUUGGGUAAAUUUUGAUAAAGGGACAGCUCUAAAGCACAUGAAAGAU